UCUGAAUUUGGCGGCGGGAAAGGCCAUGAGUAAAGGCCGGGCGGAAGCUGCGGCGGGAGCCCUCGGCAUCCUCCUGAAGUACCUGCAGGAACAGAACCGGCCCUAUAGCGCCCAGGACGUAUUCGGGAACCUGCAGAGGGAACACGGUCUGGGCAAGGCGGCGGUGGUGAAGGCGCUGGACCAGCUGGCCCAACAAGGCAAGAUCAAAGAGAAAAUGUACGGCAAGCAGAAGAUCUAUUUUGCGGAUCAGAACCAGUUUGACAUGGUGAGUGAUGCUGAUCUCCACGGCCUGGAUGCCAAAAUUGUGGCCCUCACUGCCAAGGUGCAGAGCUUGCAGCAGAGUUGCCGCCACAUGGAGGCUGAGCUGAAGGAGUUAACUAGUGCCCUGACCACUUCGGAGAUGCAGAGAGAGAUCCAGGAAUUAAAACAGGAAUGUGCUGGCUACCUAGAGAAAUUGAAGAACAUCAAAGCAGCCACCAACCAUGUGACUCCAGAGGAGAAGGAGCAGGUAUACAGAGAGAGGCAGAAAUUCUGUAAAGAGUGGAGGACGCGGAAGAGGAUGGCAACAGAGCUAUCUGAUGCAAUCCUGACUGCUCCCCCAAGAGCAAGAAGCAAUUAUAUGUAA